CUAGACUUUGACCCCUGUUUUUCCAAGCAGGAAGUCCACAAUAUUUGCUCUAGUGCACUUCACGGACUUAAGGAUAUGUCAAAUCUGGAGGAAGCUCAACCUAGAUUUGAGGAUUUGCAGUUAAAACAUUAGGAUUUUCUCUAAGGUGUUACACAUCACGUUGAAGAAUGUAUGGGGGUAACCCUGUUUUCCAGCCAAGAGGCUUCUCACCUGAGCCAUCAUCUCAGGGCUCUGGCAUGUCUCGUCCCAGUGCCAAAUCCAUUUACAUGCAAAGGAAGGAGUAUGCUGAAUCGAUGAGCAGACAAGACAGCUUUCAGUACAGAGUGGAGCAUCUGUUCACCUGUGCACUGGAUGGCAGAGAGGUGAGCAGCAUUGAGGACUGUGUCAACAGACUGAAGAACCUGGACAGUAAAGGGAAAGUUUGGGGUCAAGAUAUGAUCAUACAGAUCCAGGCCAACCAACUGCAGCUGUGUGACAUCGAGACCAAGGAGGUUUUGGAGUCUGUUCAUUUGAGCAGCAUCAGGAAGGCCAAAGCUGUUCUGGACAGUUGCAUUUAUGAUUCUCUCCUCAUAAUCUCAGCCCAAGAGCCCAGUCAGCGAUCUCCACAGGCCUUCUUGUUCCAGUGUGAGGAGGCCGGGGCUCAGGAAGUGGCCAAUGAUCUGGAAAAGUCAAUUCAGCAAGGAGGAGAUGCCAGUCCACCGAUUAAAGAACCGCAGAUGGACAUCAGGAGUCAUCUGGAAAGCAUCAUUGGUCAGGGUUAUCCAGGCAGUAUGAAGAGACCCAUGCAGUCAAACCCUCCUCCCCCAGAUUUCCCACCUCCACAGUACAACAGCUAUGAAGAUCAUGGUGAUCACUAUGAUGACAGACGGCCUUCACCUACAAUGCAGUUUCCCAGAGAUGAAGUCCCUUUCAGGCCAGUGCACUCUGAGCGAGAGCAAACUCCCCCUCCAUUCAAUGACGUCAACAGGGAUAUUGAGAUUCUUAACCAUGUAGCAGCUGACAUUGAGACUUUCACAUAUAAAGUAGGUUCUGCUUUGCCAAAAGAUGAUGGAAGCAAGAAAAAGAAAAAGAAAAAUGCCCCCAAAAUGCCUGUUGCAAAUAUCCCCACUGUGGAGGAGUAUGUGUCCUGUUUGCAGAAAAUAAAGUAUGGCUUCAAUCUUCUGGGGAAGCUGGAUGAUCACCUUAAAAACCCUCCUGCUUCUGACUUUGUUCACAGUCUCUUCUCCUCCCUUAGUUUUAUAAUGAGUCAUUAUCCUCCCAACAUCCCUCCUUCUGUUCUGAGUCCACUGCUCACAGAAAAUGCUCUGCAGCUGCUGGGACGUGUGGUCACACCAAAUGAGGACAAACUGUGGAGCAGUUUGGGUGAUGCGUGGAACAUCCCAAGAUCCAAAUGGCCAAACGGCGAUCAGAUCCCUCCAUAUUAUCCUGAAUUUUAUGAUGGUUGGCAGCCUCUUCCGCCCGGCCCUUCACAGUCUCCUCCAGCAAACAGACAGCUGUCACGGAGCAACAGUGAGCGAUUUCCACCCGCAAACGUCAGUCAGAGGCCACCUGAACAGGACAGCAGAGCCUGGAACCCCCCACCCAUGAAGUCAGCAGAGCUGCCGCUCCUCAUGAGAGUGAUUUAUGACUUUAUGGCAAGAAACAGUCAGGAACUGAGUGUGAUGAAGGGUGACAUGGUGCAGGUAAUCGACAAGUCUGGGCAAUGGUGGAAAGUGAAAAACAGUCGUAACGAGGAGGGUUAUGUGCCUCAGAAUGUUCUAGAACCUGUUGAUGGACAAAGGCCACCACCGCAAAAUAUGAGAGGGCCUCCAUCUCUGGACAUGAAAUCUAGACCUGAGGAAGUCAAAGCCUGGUUACAGUAUAAAGGCUUUUCUAAAACGACGAUCCAGAAUCUCGGGAUACUUGAUGGAGCAAUGUUGCUGAGAAUGAAACGAGAGGAAAUCAGAGCGAUAUGUCCAGAAGAAGGAGGACGAGUGUUUUUCCAGCUGCAAAGCGUCAGAUCUACCGUCGCACUCGCCAGUGAGGCUCAGUUCAGUCAGUAUGGUGGCCGCUGAUAAUCCGAGGAGGCUGCUGUGUUUUUGAUAGCAGGAAUCUGUACUUGCCUGAACCUGAAUGAACAAGCGCUACUGAGUAAACACCUCACAAUUUCCAUUUAUCCGAAAACAAGCCAGGACCGAUGCCUACUGGAUUGUUCACUACUAAAUUAUAUAUCACAUCACUUUUUACUGUUGCAAAUCAUGCAUACCUGUUUGAGAAAUGCAUUCAUUUAUUUAUUCCAUACAAUACAGAUUCUUUUAUUGAAGUUGAUUUCCACUGAUCUCCUUAAGGUGGUGGUCACUUGUUGAAUGAUUAGUUAAUAUACCAGCCAAUGCAAAAUAAGUCAUAUUUGCAAAACACUGAUGAAGCUGUAUGCUAAUUGUGUAUUAA